GAUGCUGUGGGUGAAGAAAUACUUCGAAUGUCUACAGAUGACAUUAUUGGUCGGACUAGACUUUUAGAUAAUGAAGUCAAGAUCAUGAAAAGUGAAGUGAUGAGGAUAUCUCACGAACUUCAGGCCCAGAAAGAAAAGAUCAAAGAAAAUACUGAAAAAAUAAAAGUCAACAAAACAUUACCCUACCUUGUAUCUAAUGUGAUUGAGCUACUUGAUGUUGACCCUCAAGAUUUAGGGGAAGAAGAUGGAGCAAAUGUAGACCUGGAUUCACAGAGAAAGGGGAAAUGUGCUGUUAUUAAAACAUCUACUCGACAAACAUAUUUCCUCCCAGUGAUUGGGUUAGUUGAUGCAGAAAAGCUAAAGCCUGGGGACUUAGUGGUAAGUGUGAAAAACAUUUGGUUUUAAACUAAGUAGCUUUACAAU